CUGCAAUGAAAAAUGGAAAACCAUCCGAUUAGUUCAAGGACACUCGCCCAUCACACUGACGACCUUGAGCCAGGAGGAACCACAACCACCGCCGGUUUUGGUGGUCCAAAACUUGACAAGGUAUAAAAACCACCGGACGUAACCAGCACCAGCAUCAGUUCACUUUCAACGCUUUCCAGCGGUAGUAUUAGAGCCACGUGACUUACCGACAGCAACCAGUGCAAACUGCCCGGCAAACUCUCGCAGCUCAGUUUCUUCGAUAGCAAACUUUAUCUUACCACUCGCGAAGACGAUGGCUGGUGAAAUGCUGCUGGCAAGUUGUCUGAUCGCUUUGCUGCUAGUGGUUCCCGGGCUGGAUGGAUCCUACCCAAGUGCUCCAGGACAGGAGAAUGUGUUUCCACAUGCGCUGAAGAAUGUUCAUUCCGUGGAAGAUAGAGGCCACUAUCAAGCAUCGCAGGAAUUCCACCAAGCUCCAGAAUAUCAAUACACGGCCCCAGCUCAACAACAGCAUCAACACGUGUAUCAUCCAGCACAGCCCGAACAGCAACAGCAUCUCUUCCAGCCCCAUCAGCAGUACCUCGUGCAGUCCACGUACAAUGUCGGAUCUCAUCAAGAGCAACACCCGGUUCAACAGUCUAAUGUCCAGCAGAGCAAACAACGCCAUACAGCUGUUCCGUACAACAAUCAGCGACUGCACGUGAAGGUCGAUCAUCAUCCAGCGGCAUCUCAAGGACUCGCUCAUCCGAACGCUCCUACCGCGCAGCACCUUCGCCAGCAGUUGGCUCAAGAACCGAAGAAGGACUAUCGAUCAUACAUCCCGAAGAGUAUCGCUCCCAAGCUAAACCCACUGCAUCCUUCCUUCCACCAGAAGCGUAACUUUGUGCCACUGCAUCACAUCACGCGACAGGUGCCACUUCCGGCAGGCAAAAUGACUCAGGGACAACAUCACUCCCAUUCAGAACAACCACAGCCAGUUAAGGCUGCGUUAGCCGCUCCAUCACCGAAGCACAUCUCUGGAUAAUUUAAUAAAGUAUUUAUUUCCAAAACCCAACCUGAAAA